GUGCUGGUGUAAUGGCUAACAGGCUAGCCACAGCGUCCACGACCGCUACAAAGUUAAACAAGAUUUAAUUUAACAUUUUGGAUGAAAUUAGGAGCCGUAUUUGGAUUCCCACUAGAGCCGUAUCUAGCUGUCAUGUCGUGGCGACUUCGAAUACCAGCUAAUUAUUAUUCUGUUUCACACGGUGAUUGUAGCACGUUUAGCCAAAGUGCUAUUUGUUUUGUUUACCUUGUCAAACGCGGAUGAGCUCGGCGCACCAAUCGGUGUACGCCACGUCAUAGACCCAGCAGGGGUCCUACGGGAGCCGAGAUGCUCCUUUUGGGGGGACGGGGCGCGUAUCUGUUUGUUACAGGCUAACUCAGCACUUUAAAGCAAAGUCUCUUAACUACUAUGAUCUCCUAACUACUGCUGGCAUGAAAGAGGAUUUCUGAAUAAAAUGACUUUCUAGGAGACCUGACCACGUGAGAGCCAGCUUUGCGAGCCAAAGGAAUGACUGUCCGAUGGCUUGUUUCGGUGUCUGUGUUUGCCGUGAGCAGGGCCACUAAUGCAGGCCCGGUGUCAGCGCAGUUUCCCGCUCUCCACAGCAUCUCAGUGAGGCCCCCUGGAAAGAGGCCCUUCAGUGGGAAAGUUGCUCACUGCCACUGGCCACCAUCUCCAAGUCGCAGGGCUCAGGGCAUCCAUGGAUGGUCCUCUAGGCUGCUCGGCCUCAGGCUCUGUCUCCGGGGCCCCAUCUCUAGAUUGACUUCGUCGGCAGCGCGUGGCUUGACCGGCCUGCGGCAGCGCAUGUCACGUAUCCAAAGCGCCCUGGGCUCUGUAUCCAAAGCUGUCACUGGGACACCCGCCAACCUCGUCUCGAAGAUAGGCCGCCUCAAACCCGGGAUCGCCUUGGCCGGGAAGGGAGUGCCAUUAAACCCAGAGGCCAUACACAAGCAGCCGGAGAACGAAACUGACACCCAGAAGCCUCCUCGGGACAGCAGGAAGCCGGCAAAAGAUCAGACUGACUCAGACAGGGCAGCCCUGCAGGGCGUACAGCCAUCGCAAGCAAACUACUUCCGCGUCAACCUGGAUGAGACGUACGACUCUCUAGCCAGCCACGUCAACACGUAUUUUGGGAGUGGUGCUGCAGUGGAGGACGGACAGGCCAGCCGGCGUAAUUCUGACCCCAGCAGGUCACAUGUGACCGAUGCGUGCCCCAUCCCUGCUCUUGUACCUGUGUCUGACAGUCGCGCUUCAAAGUUGGCCCCCAUUUCUUCUUCACCUCUUCCUGCUGCACCCCCGCUGACACUGGAGUCCAGUGCAUCACCCAGGCGGGGAAUAGGGCAGUACCUGUCGUACCCCGUGCCCAGCGUGCAGGCUUUUCUGGGCAACUACUUUGCAGUGCUGGUCCCCCGACUCCGCCCAGAGCCCAAAGUGAUGGCGGGGGAAAAGGACAAGCCGCCCGCAACAGACGAUGCUGCCUCCGAGCAGCAGGAAGUCACCGAGGACGAGGGGCAGAAGGCAGCCGACGAUAAGGCCAAGCAGCUGCUACUGCAGAGGGAGAAGAUCAUAGCCAGGGUGAGUGUGGACAACAGAACCAGGGCCCUGGUACAGGCCCUGCAAAGAGCUUCGGAUGUCAAGCUCUACAUCCGCAGGGUGGAAGAGCUUAGCUGUCAGCUGCUGGAGUUCCCAGAGACCAAGGGCGUGGCCGUUAAGGAGAGGGCAAUCCCAUGCCUUCUGCGUCUCCGCCAGGCCGGGGAUCCCACUCUGCAGGGUGCUGUGAGAGAGGCUCUGGCCCUCGUGGGAUACACAGACCCGGUGAAGGGUCGAGGUAUACGCCUACUGUCCAUCGAUGGCGGAGGAACCAGGGGGUUAGUUGCCCUCCAGACGCUGCACAAGCUGGAGAGACUGACGGGGAAACGCAUCCACCAGCUGUUCGACUACAUCUGUGGAGUGAGCACUGGGGCCAUCUUGGCCUUCAUGCUGGGUGUUUUCCAGAUCCCCCUGGAGGAGUGUGAGGAGAUGUACCGGCGCCUGGGCUCCGACGUCUUCAAGCAGAACGUCAUCGUGGGCACGGUGAAGAUGAGCUGGAGCCACGCUUUCUACGACAGUGAGGUCUGGGAGUCCAUCCUCAGAGAGAGAAUGGGCUCUGAACUCAUGAUCAAAACGGCGAGGAACCAGGGAUGCCCGAAGGUGGCAGCAGUGAGCACCAUCGUGAACAGAGGGACCCCACUGAAGGCCUAUGUCUUCAGGAACUACAACCUGCCUUCGGGGGUGCGCUCCCACUACCUGGGGGGCUGUGAGCACAAGCUGUGGCAGGCCAUCCGGGCCUCUUCUGCUGCCCCCGGCUACUUCCAGGAAUUCCUGCUGGGGAACGACCUUCACCAGGACGGCGGCCUGCUGAUCAACAACCCGACGGCGCUGGCGAUCCACGAGUGCAAGUGUCUGUGGCCCAACACGCCGGUGCAGUGCGUCGUGUCGCUGGGGACUGGCCGCUUCGAGAGCGGCAGCCGCAACAGCGCCACCUACACCAGCCUGAAGACAAAGCUGACCAACGUCAUCAGCAGUGCCACGGAUACAGAGGAGGUACACACCAUGCUAGACGCCCUCCUGCCUCCCGACACUUACUUCCGCUUCAACCCAUAUAUGACGGAGGACGUGCCGCUGGACGAGAGCCGCCAGGAAAAGCUGGACUGGCUGCAGAACGAGGGCCUGCGCUACCUGGAACACAACGAGGACAAGCUGAGGAAGGCGGCCAGCAUCCUUACGCAGGAGAAGAGCGCCAUCCAGAGGCUGGCCGAGUGGGUGAAGCUGAAGGGGGACAUGUAUGAUGGGCUGCCCUUCUUCUCUAAGCUGUAGGCAGGCUGCAGGAACCCGCCGGAGGGCAGGUCUCGGGGUGCCGGGAGGUUCCCCAUGUGGUUUUGGCCUCCAGCCUGGUUGACGGGCCCUAGCUGGCUGCAUUCAGGGCCACGCUUCCAGAAGUUUGAAGGCUCUGGAUACUUUGAGGACCACUUGAAUGCCACUUAGUGUAGAACCCACGGCACUUUGUCAUUUUUUAAAGACAGCCUGAUAUUUCCAUAUAAACGACUUGCUAUUUA